AGGUACCAAGGGAUGGCAGGUUCAGGGCCAGAAUUCUGUCUCCGGUGGGACAGCUACUUGGCCAAUUUGACAGGAGCCUUUACACAAUUGCUUAGCAAUGAAUCUUUGGUGGAUGUGACUUUGGCAUGUGAUGGUGAACAUGUGAAAGCUCAUAAGGUGCUGCUUUCUGCAUGUUCUCCUUAUUUUGAGCGGCUGUUUGCUCAGAAUCCAUGUAAGCAUCCUAUUGUGAUCCUCCCACGUGAUGUCAGCUAUGGAACUCUGAGAAAGAUCCUUGACUUCAUGUAUCGAGGUCGGAUUGAUGUAGCUCAGGAACACCUUCCAGAACUCCUUCAUGUAGCUGACAUCUUACAAAUACGUGGACUUGGAGAAGUGACUGCCAAUGGCCAGCCAAGUGGUGUGUCCAAGAUGAGGAAAGAACCAACUUAUCCUAAUCCAAGUGCUGGCUCUUCCAAGUACAAGAGAGGAAAUGACUCCAUUGCAAGGAUGGCAUUUGACCCUGCUGAUGGCCUUUCCAGACCAGUGAUCUGCGAUCAACCUUUGUUCAAAUUGGCACGGCUAGAAAGUUUCCAGCCAAUGCAGAUCCAAGAAGUGUUGGUGAAUAGUGGAGGUGGGUGUUUAGCUGCACCAACAUCUGAGUCACAGACACUUCUAUCCCAUGGGCAUGAUGGAUUGCCUCCUACUGGGAAUGCUACUGGGCAAAAUUCUGGCUCUUCGAUGUUACAUGUUCACUCUCCAUCUCCGUAUGGAGAACGUAUAGACCAGAAACCAUACCUGCAUCAAACUCCACCACCACCUCCACCUCCUCCUCAUACACCUGGAUCUACUCGUGGAAGUGACCCUGGAGGACUGAAUGGUGGAUAUGGUGGUGUUAUGGGAGGACCCGGUCAUGGAUUUGAUGGAGAUCCUCAUUCUACAAUGACAGUAACACCUGACAUCUUUGGCAUUGGCUCUGCUCCCCAUUCUCACUCUCAUGUCCCUUCGCAAUCUCAUUCUCAAUCCUCUACCCCUCAGAGUACAUCUCAGCCUUCUACACCUCAGCAAGAAAAUAUGUCUAAUGAUGGAGGUUGUAACAAGUCAUGGACAGAGGAGAGCCUGGAAUGUGCUUUAGAAGCUCUUCGAACCCGUUCCAUGAGUUUGUACAAAGCAGCUGCAUAUUUUGGGAUCCCAUCCACAACAUUGUGGCAGCGAAUGCACAAAGCUGGGAUUGACUCCUCCCGAAAGGAUGGCUCUGGGAAGACAUGGUCAGAUGAUGCUUUGAAUCAUGCACUGGAGGCAUUGCGAGCUGGCACUAUUUCAGUUAACAAGGCUUCCAAAGAGUACAACAUUCCAAGUUCCACAUUGUACAAGAUCUGCAAGAAAGAGAGCAUAAAACUUGCCCCCCCACUGAACACAAUGCCACCAAGCUGGUCACAGGAGAAUCUCCGUAAGGCAUUUGAGGCCAUAAAAAAUGGAAUGUCAGUCAUGAAGGCUGCCACAGAAUUUGGAAUUCCAAACACAACCCUGUAUGCCAAGUGCAAGAAAGAAGGUAUUGAACUGCGUGCCAAAUCAGAGAAUUGCAACUGGACAGAGGAUGACCUGAAUGUGGCUCUAGACUCUGUGCGCAUGGGAGAAAUGAGCAUCAAUCAGGCAUCCAUUCACUAUAGUGUUCCCUAUUCCACCCUGUACAAUCGUUUCAAGAAAUGUGCUCUAGCUGAAGGUGGAGAUACUGGAAGUGAUCAGAAUCAAUCUGUGCCAGAGAUCCCAUCCCUGGAAACCUUUCAGCAUAGCCCCAGUCCUCAACAGCAACACCACCAAGGACAGCAUCAACAACAGCAAUAGGAUGAAAAUCCUACUCAGCUGGCCUCAUUACGACAGGUUUGCAUGAAGCAGGAGGCAUACCAACACUUCUACAACCUCUUCAUCCCUGGCACCCUAAUUUUCAUCAUGUCCCACAGAUCUUGAAACAUUGCAUUUAUAUUUGCAAAUUACCUUUCCUGUUGUUCUGUAUUUUCUCAACUCUUACAGAAGGCAUCAGUGGAACAAGCACAAUUAGCAUUUCAAAGGAGAAAAGGCUUUGACCCUAUGUAUGCAUUACUGGGGUGGAAGUGAUUAAAAUAGGAUUUUAGUAAAUUCCUGUGUAGGUUCAAUGUCUUGAAAUGCAAAGAAUUUGUAAAAGCAAAAUGCAUAUUUUUUACAUCACUUGUAAACUGAUGUGUUCUUUUCAGAAUUCCUUCCAAAGAUUAAAGAUUAUGCAAUACAGGAAAUUAAUAUACCAGCUAUUCAACAUGGAAGCCUUGAAUAAAAACUCAUUUUCAGCACAGCGAGUGCAUGCUAGGAAUGACUGAAAUUGUGCAUAGGAUUUGAAAAGUGAAUGCAUUCCCUAUUUUAACUAGCUUUUGGUGGUAGGAUUUCAAAAGGAAUCAAUAAGUUCAAUAAGUCUUAGCCCUGCUGCCUUAUUCCUUGUGACAAGUACGAGUUCAAGCGCUCUUAGGACAUCCCUAAUAAUAUUGAAUACAUUUAGGCUGGAUUUUUGAACAGGGCAUUAUCCGAUAAUGCAGCUUUAUUUAGGAG